AUGCGUAAAGUAUUAGAUCAUAAAGUCGGGGUCCCGAAACCGCUGAACGAGAGUGGGACUGUUAAGAAAGUGUCCAAAUUGAAGCGGAAGGAAAAAGUCACAGUACGGAAUUUAAUGGAUCAAUUAGGCUCGGUGAGCGCGGGCGCGCCCGGCCGCGCAGCGUCCUCCGCGCCCGCAGCCGGAGGCUCGGGCAUCGCGGGGUGGAGGGGGACCCGUCUGGGCCCCGAGUUCCGGGUGGCGACCGGCCUGCGUGCUUAUCCGCUUUCCCGGCGACUUCUUAUUGUUGGACAACACUUGAGACCAGCAGACCGGGAAGUUGCAGGCCGGGGCCGCGUCCUCGCUUCCUGCCUGCCUGGUCCAGGGCAGUCAGAUGCUUGGUCAGGCCUAGGGAGCAGAGUUGAUGAGUUAACCGCGGCCUCGGGGUUCCGGGAACGAACGUGCCAAGGCUGGUCUCGUUUUCGAGUGUGCAAGUUUAAGACCUGGAGUUGUCAUGUUGUUGAAGAGUACAUUAAAAAGGGGGCAGAAUUACCGCUACAAGGCCUUGGCCAACCAAGUGUAUACCAUGCUGCCAUCGUCAUCUUCCUUGAAUUCUUUGCAUGGGGCCUGUUGACAACUCCAAUGUUAACUGUUGUACAUGAAACAUUUCCUCAACACACAUUCCUCAUGAAUGGUCUUGUUCAAGGUGUAAAGGGUCUGUUGUCUUUCCUGAGCGCCCCACUUAUAGGUGCCCUGUCUGACAUAUGGGGCAGGAAGCCCUUUCUCAUCGGCACAGUCUUCUUUACUUGCUUCCCAAUCCCACUGAUGAGAAUCAGUCCAUGGUGGUAUUUUGCGAUGAUUUCUGUGUCUGGAAUCUUCUCAGUCACAUUUUCUGUGAUAUUUGCUUAUGUAGCUGACAUCACUCGGGAACAUGAGCGAAGUACUGCUUAUGGAUGGGUCUCGGCCACCUUUGCAGCCAGUCUGGUCAGUAGCCCAGCCAUUGGAGCAUAUAUCUCUGCCAAUUACGGAGACAGCCUUGUUGUGCUGGUGGCCACGGUGGUAGCUCUUUUGGACAUUUGCUUCAUCUUAUUGGCUGUUCCCGAAUCUCUGCCAGAAAAAAUAAGACCUGUUUCCUGGGGAACUAAGAUUUCAUGGAAACAAGCAGACCCUUUUGCGUCAUUGAAGAAAGUUGGAAAGGAUUCCACCGUUUUACUAAUUUGCAUCACUGUGUUUCUUUCAUACCUUCCUGAAGCUGGACAGUAUUCAAGUUUUUUUCUCUAUCUGAGGCAGGUCAUCGGUUUUGGGUCUAUUAAAAUUGCAGCGUUCAUAGCUAUGGUAGGGAUUCUGUCAAUUGUGGCUCAGACAGUAUUUCUUGGCAUCUUGAUGAGAUCAUUGGGGAAUAAGAAUACUGUCCUCCUUGGCUUGGGCUUCCAAAUGUUCCAGUUAGCAUGGUAUGGUAUUGGCUCUCAGGCAUGGAUGAUGUGGGCAGCAGGGACCGUGGCUGCCAUGUCCAGUAUAACAUUUCCAGCCAUCAGUGCUCUUGUGUCACAGAAUGCAGAGUCCGAUCAGCAAGGAGUUUCUCAGGGAAUAAUAACUGGAAUCAGAGGACUGUGCAAUGGUAUGGGGCCUGCACUGUAUGGCUUCAUAUUCUACAUGUUCCACGUUGAACUGACAGAAAUGGAGCCUGCUUUGAAUUCUAAUGAGGUUGCCCUGCAGGGAGCUGUCAUUCCAGGCCCACCAUUUUUAUUUGGGGCAUGUAUAGUUCUUGUGUCUUUUGUGGUUGCUUUAUUUAUCCCUGAGUACAGUAAAACCAGAGGAAUUCACAAACGUAGCCACGACAGCCUGACCAACACCCCAGAACGGGGCAUCAAUGAAGACAUUGAGCCGCUGCUGCAAGGUAGCAGCGUCUGGGAACUGUCUUCCUUUAAGGAGCCUGGGAAUCAGUGCACUGAACUGUAAACUUGGAGUGAUUUUGCAGGUGUCAUUUCUGAAAUUCCUAGAGGGAUCCCCCCACACAGAGACCUAAUGGUGCUGGAGGAGAGAUGCUAGCAUCCUUCAGGGUUAUAUUUGAUAAGUGACCCUCCUCUACUCCUCCUUCCACAUUCCUCCGUUUCCCCCUGCUUCCUUCUUAUGCAUUAAACAAUGGAUAUACAUUAGAACAAGUUAAGAUUUGGAAUACUUUCCUGUAAAUGAUGUUCACCUUUCAAGGUUUUCUUGAAGUUGAGCUCAAACAGAAAAAGCCAUGUCUCUGGCUUUUCCUUUAGUAAUUCCAGAGGACAGCCCCUUUUCAACAAAUACAUAGGAUUGUAGUAGGACUGCGACCUCUGGCGAGAUUUCACAUGAAAAAUUCCUUCUUAUUUUAUUUCUCUGUUUCUCUGAACACAGACCUUCAUAAUCUAUAGGUGUUUAUGACAAGCCACUCUUAUAAGUCACUCACUCAGUAUCAGGGAUCUAUUGCCUUUGGUCAAAGGUCAAAGGAAAACCUAAUUUUGCUUUCCUUUUAUUCUUUCUAUUUACUACUCUUAUCUAGAAUGCAAUUCCACAUAUACACCUCUACACAUAUAUAUGAUCAGUGAUUUUCUUGACCAGAUAAAGGAAAUUUUUUCUGAAAAUUUAAGUCAUGUAGCUCUACAAACUCAGAUUCCUGGACCUAGUAUCUCGAUCCUGUUCCAAAGUGAUUUUACAGAAGAAAGACACAUCGAGCAUUCUGGUGGUGACAUACAAGUCAGAGGGUGGUUCGAAAAGUAUUUUCAAUGAAGUGACCAUUCCUUAAUCUGGAUAGCAAUUAGUACUAGACUCAGGUAAAGGCUAACAGAAUUAUUUUAAAUGGCUCCCGUGCCAUUAUUACUACUCAUCCUUUUGCACAACUCCCAUGUCUAAUUUCUGAAAUAAUUUUUCCAUCUGUCCUUCUCCCGCCUUCACAAAUGUGUAUGCACUUUCCAUCAUGAUCUUCAUUUCAGUUUGUUUUUCUCAAUUUUGAAUAUCACAUCAUCAUACACAUCAUCAGAUUCCUUUCCAAAUUACUGUUUAUCAAAGUUCAGUUUCACAAGUGUCUUGUUAAUUUUUGAGAUACUUUGUGGACAAAGAAAAUUUUACAAAGUUAUAUGUAUUUUGUUGCACCAUUAAAUAGAUAAUAAAUAAGGCCCACUUUUAAUAGAACACUCCUUUGAAAGUUUUCUAUGUAUGAAAUACAGCCAUUUGUAUGGGGUCUUAGUUUUUUUGAUGGUGUGCUGUGUAAAUCUUGUAUUUAUAAAUGUAAUGACUGCGUUGACAGGAAAAAAUAUACAACUUUUAUAAAGGAUUGUGUACUGACAAUACAUUUAAAAGAAAAUAUAUUUUGAAAUCUGUUUUGCCAUGAACACAGAUAAUAUAUCUUUUUACUAUGCUGUUGGCUUUUGAGUUAAAGCUUCCUAAUACAUAUUAAAUUUUCAAUGAACA